AUGCUACUUCGUCUUUCUGAUCCUUUUAUGGUGUGCAACCAACAAACGCCGGAAGAGCAGAGUAUACCAGGAUGGAGUGGAUUCAAUGCUAUUACAUAUCCUAGCUUACCAGUGGAGACUGUCACAGGUUAUCAUCCAAUGAUCAAUGCAGAAUCAAGCAAUUUCAGCACCCUAUACACCUUGAUGAAACUGGCACAGAAAAUAUGUAACACCUUAGGACAGUGCGACUCAGUGGUCCCUUUCGAUCUAGCUCUUUAUGCAAAAGCUAAACAAUUACAAAUGAAAUACCCAGAGGAAUUUCAGAGUACCGUUAUCAGAAUGGGCGGCUUCCACAUCGCGCUAAACUAUCUCUCUCUCCUGGGAAAGAAAUAUGCACAAUCGGGCUUAGAAGACAUGCUGAUUGAAUCUGGAGUUUAUGCAGUUGGCACCACUUCAGUAAUUAUGCUUGGCAAGUCUUACAAUCGAGGGAUUCGGGCGCACAAGCUUACCAUGGAAGCGCUCUUCAGACUUUUGUGGCAAGCUUUCGUGGAAUGGCUGACAAGGGAAGAAGUUGGACUAGAGAACGGGCCAAAGCAACUUAUUCUCUGCAGAAGUAAAGAAUGCCGGAACACAGUUAAAUAGGAAGAUUUCUUCGCGGAUAAUUGGUCGUCAUUUCAAGGUUGUAUCGAGCCUUUGAUGGUACUACUUGACACUUUCAAGUUAGAGAGCAGAAAGAAGUCCAAGGUAUUCAACUUCUGGGAAGAUUAUAUCAACAUGGUGCUGUUGCUCUUGCAGUUUGUUAAAGCUGAACGAACUGGGAACUGUAAGCUUCAUCUCUCCGCUACUGCCGCGAUGGUUCCCCAUUUCUUUUCCAUGGACAGGGUCAACUACGCUCGAUGGCUGCCCGUUUACCUUUCCGAUAUGAACUUGUUGGAAUCGCACCAUCCUGAAGUCUAUCAAGAGUUCAUGGCAGGAAGUCAUAGUGUGAGCCGUUCGAAGCAACCGUUUGCACAAGUUUGGCCCGACAUGGCCCUGGAGCAAUCAAUCAAUCUGGAUUCGAAUUCGAAAGGCGGCAUAAUAGGCAUGAGUACCAACGAAAAUGCGGUAGAUAAAUGGUUUUUAACCAGUCAUGAGAGAGCGGCAAUAACACAAGAACUCAAGAACAUGUGUGGGAUACAGAAUUGCGACAGGAUCGGAACGCACAAAGAAACAAGUGCGACAAGAGUAACAAGAGAUGAAAACGAUGUGUAG